CUGGUAGGAGAACAUAUAGACUACUGUGGUUAUGCUGUGCUUCCUAUGGCUAUAGAACAAGAUAUACUGAUUGCAGUAGAACCUGUAAAAACUCAAGUUGUGCAACUGGCAAAUACCAAUUCUUUGUACUUGGAUUUCAGUACUAGUGUUAAUAACAUUCAGAUUAACAAAACCAAACCUCAGUGGCAUAACUACUUCCUGUGUGGACUGAAGGGUAUUCAGGAACAUUUUGGUCUUAAUAACCCAACUGGAAUGAAUUGUCUGCUAGAUGGAACCAUCCCUCCUAGUUCUGGUCUCUCUAGCUCCAGUGCUUUGGUGUGCUGCGCAGGACUCGUGACACUAAGAGCUAAUGGAAAAACCCUCUCUAAGGUGGAACUUGCAGAAAUUUGCACAAAGAGCGAACGUUAUAUUGGCACAGAAGGUGGAGGAAUGGACCAGUCGAUCUCUUUCCUGGCAGAAGAAGGAACUGCCAAGUUGAUAGAGUUCAGUCCUCUAAGGGCAACUGAUGUUAGACUUCCAAGUGGAGCAGCGUUUGUUAUUGCUAACAGUUGUGUUGAAAUGAAUAAAGCAGCAACUUCUCAUUACAAUAUUAGGGUAAUGGAGUGUCAUCUGGCUACAAAGCUUCUCUCAAAGUCAAAAGGCUUGGACUGGAAAAAAAUGUUGAGACUCCAUGAUGUGCAAACCAAACUAGGAGUUAGCCUAGAGGAAAUGCUGACCAUUGUCGAGGAGGUAUUACAUCCUGAGCCUUACAGCACAGAGGAAAUUUGUAAAUGCCUGGGAAUUAGCCUGGAGGAGCUCCGCUCUCAGAUCCUUAGUCAAAACACGCAAGAUGUUUCCACCUUUAAGUUAUACCAGCGUGCAAAGCAUGUGUAUAGUGAAGCUGCCAGAGUGCUGGAAUUUCAGAAGGUAUGCAACGAAGCACCUGCCAACACAAUCCAGCUGCUGGGAGAAUUAAUGAACCAGAGCUAUAUCAGCUGCAGGGAAAUGUAUGAGUGCAGCUGUCCAGAACUGGAUCGGCUGGUAGACAUCUGCCUGCAAUUUGGGGCCAUUGGGUCACGUCUGACUGGAGCUGGAUGGGGUGGCUGCACUGUGUCAAUGGUGCCUACUGACAAGCUGAACACUUUUCUUAAAAAUGUAAAAAAAGCUUAUUACCAAACCGAUGUCCAAAGGUUAGCGCUGGAGAAUAAUAGUCUGUUUGCUACCAAACCUGGAAGAGGAGCUUUGGUUUUUGUUGAGGCCUAAAGAACGUAAAAAUGUUAAAGAAACUAUGUAGGGCAUUUAGAACUGGCAGUACUUCCCAUGCCACAGUAAAUGAAUGCCUUUUCUGUUUUUUAUUGUAAUGAGCAGUUACUAUUAUCAAAAUACAUUUCUGAAGAAGCAAUUAAAAGAAAACUCUUUGAUUAUAAAGUCUUUUUUUCCCCAUACUAAAACCAUCUUUUAGUAAAAACAUUGAUUUACAAGGAAAACUGAAAUUGAAAUAAAGAUGAUACUUCGUUA